AUGGAUCUGGAGUGGUCAAUCAGGCACCUCUGCAUCAAUCGCAAAAUAACCACACCUGGUGACGUUGCCAGACCUCUGAGCGGUGUUUUAGUUGGAGUACAGAGCUUGCAGUUGACAGGUCGGCCAAGACUCAUUGUCCCCAGAAAGGUCCCUAGCCGUGCACUUUCCAGCAAUGUUGCCUUGGUCAACGGUGGCAUGAGACUGUUCCUGUUGGGUUUACCCCUGCCUCUGUCUUUGGAACUCGCCAAUCAGCUCACCUAUGCAGCGGCGGUGCUGGUCUUGGUGGUGUCUGGUGUUGCACCUUGCCGUUUGAGUGGUGGUGAUCAUGGGAGGGAGACUGCGCCAGGCUGGUUGUUGCGGAUACAACGCAAAAUUGAGAAUGUGAGGAAAGAUGUGUCGCGCCUCACAAGUUUCAUCCAAGCUGGAAACCCAAGAUUGUUCACCAGAUAUCCUGUCAAGAGCAGUGAUGAGGCCGCGGCUCUACUAAAAAGCAAGAAAAUGGAGCUGCUGGCGCUUUCCGCCAGAAUCAGACGGUAUAAGGAUAACAUCAAGAGAAAACAACAGAAUCAGGCAUUCAGAGAGAACGAGCGCCAGUUCUACCACUCUCUGGGGACACAGGAGGCUGACUGCAGUGACCAGACUCGGCCUGGUAUGGGGGCGUUGCAUGAUUUUUGGUCAGGCAUCUGGUCCGAGCCAUUUUCGGUGAGCAGACAUGGAUGGAUUGAACGGGAGGCUCUUGCCUAUCAAGAUGUCCAGCCACAAGAGGAUGCAGUCAUAACGCCGGAGUUGUUCCAACUGGCAGUUGGAAGGUUGCCUCACUGGCGUGCUGCUGGGCCUGACAGCAUCAGACCAUUCUGGUUGAAGAAGUUUAGUGCACUGCAUCCUGCCUUGCUUCGCAUAUUCCAGCGGCUGUUGGAUUCGGAAGUCGUGCCACCGCCCCGGUUCUCCCUUGGUGCAACCGUACUCCUACCGAAGAAAGGUGAUCUGUCGAAACCCCAGAACUGGAGACCUAUAACCUGCCUGCCUUCUAUGAAUAACUUUUCACAUCUGUAG